GAGCAGCCCUCAUUCACUCCGCUUGCGUAGCCUUAUAACCCUGUGCAUCUGAACAUUGUUUAGCCUUUGACGACUUACACACGAACUCUCAUGGCAUCCACCUCGAAACGCAAUUAUUUUGGAAAGGGCUCAGUAGAAGUCACUACUGGAGAAAGCAAAGCGCGUCGCCUGGCUAUCACGGCAGACAAGCUUGUCACGCAGCCGUUCGAGGGCAUCGACACGAUUCCAGAUGUUCUCGCCUACGCUGCUCGCACUCACGGCACAAAGAAUGCCAUGGGGUGGAGAGAUAUCGUCGAUAUCCACGAGGAGGAGAAAGAAGUGAAGAAGACGGUGGGAGGCAAGGAAAUCAAAGAGAUCAAGAAGUGGAAAUACUUCCAGCUCAGCAACUUCAAUUAUAUCAGCUUUGUCGAGGUCCAGGAGAGAGUUUCAGAGAUUAGUCGUGGACUCGUUCACUUUGGCAUUACUCCGGAGGACAUUUUCAAUGUUUAUGCUCAAACUAGCGUAAACUGGCAGUUGAUGUCGCAUGCCUGCGUGUCAAUCUCAACUUCUGUUGCUACUGCAUACGAUACCCUUGGCGAAUCCGGUUUGACCCAUUCUCUUAACGAACCCAACUGUGUUGGCGUAUUUACCAAUGCCGAACUCCUUCCUACACUCUUGCGCGUCCUCGUAAACACACCUUCUGUCAGACUAGUCAUUUAUGACGGCCAAGCAGCUUCUUCUGUCCUCGAUGACCUGCGCAAAGUUCGGGAGGGCGUUCAAGUACUAAGUCUCGACGAGUUACGUGAAGUCGGGAAAGAGCAGUCUGUAGACGUCUUGGCCGACAGAAAACCAACUAAAGAUAAGGUGGCCCUUAUCAUGUAUACCAGCGGUACCACUGGAGCGCCUAAAGGUGUCGUCCUCACCCACGGCAACGUGAUUGCUUCUGUUGGCGCCGUUCACACUCUCAUUGGGCACCACUUCUUACCUGAGGAUUCUUUCCUUGCGUAUCUCCCUUUGGCGCACAUCCUUGAGUAUAUCGUGGAGCUGUCUCUUUUCUUCUCUGGAAUGACGACAGGCUAUGGUCGCGUGAAGACCCUCACUGAUGCUUCUGUCCGAAAAUGCAAAGGAGACAUUGUUACAUUCAAACCAAGUAUUAUGGUCGGCGUCCCUGCUGUCUGGGAAACGAUCCGCAAAGGCAUUGUUGGCAAGAUUAAUUCGAGUGGAACGAUAAAGAAGAGUGUUUUCAACAGUGCAAUGGCGGUCAAGAAGGCGAAUGUCCCGGGUCUCAGCCAAUUUGUCGACAGUGCCGUACUUAGCAGUGUCAAGCAAGCUACUGGUGGAAGACUUCGCCUCGCGCUUAGCGGAGGAGCUGCACUCAGUCGCGAAACUCAGGAAUUCUUGUCUGUUGCUCUUGUGACGAUGUUGCAAGGUUAUGGCAUGACAGAGUCAUGUGGAAUGUGCGCUGUCCUCCCCCCUGAACAUAUGCAAUAUGGCUCUGUUGGACUCCCUGUUCCCUCAAUCGAGAUUAAAUUCCUGGACGUUCCUGAUGCUGGCUAUUUGUCUACUAACAAUCCUCCUCAAGGUGAAGUUUGCAUCAGAGGUCCAUCGGUCACCAAGGGUUACUACAAGAGAGACGACUUGAAUAACGACGAAUCCAUCUUUACGAAGGAUGGAUGGCUCAGAACUGGCGAUGUCGGUCAAUGGAACCCUGACGGGACCCUGUCCUUGAUUGAUAGAAUCAAGAAUCUCGUCAAGUUACAGGGUGGCGAGUACAUCGCUCUUGAGAGACUGGAAUCCACGUACAAAGCCUGCAAUCUCAUUUCCAAUAUCUGCGUGUAUGCAUCUGCGGACGCUAAGCAACCUAUUGCCGUCGUCAUUCCCCACGAAUCAAAUCUCCGCCAUGCUCUCGAGGCCAAGUCGGUAGCGGUGGAUUCGUCAGCACACUUGCCUGACUUGUGCAAUGACAAGACUGUCAAAGAAUUGGUUUUGAAAGAGUGCAACGCUGUUGGUAAGAAGAAUGGGUUUAAACCAAUGGAAAUUCUGCAGGCAAUUAUCUUGACAUCGGAGGAAUGGACACCUGAGAAUGGUCUCACCACAGCUGCCCAGAAGAUUCAGCGGAGCAAGAUCGCGAAGAAGUUUGAGAAUGAGAUCAAGGAGGCAUAUAAGAACCAAUGAGUCAUUUCGACAUGUAUUGUUCAGUGUCAUUUUUUGUUUGCUUGGGAGUUUACUGUUACAGUAUGUACGCAUAAGUUUCCGGACUCAUUAAAGGUCCCAUCAGUUACCAAUCUUCCCGGCAUGGUGCUGCAAGGCAGAGCUUCUGUUAUCUGUUUUCCUUCUACGGUAUACUGUCUAUAGAUGUAUUGGGUAUCGUAAGGGACUGUCAUUUACACGCACCAAUUGAUUACCUUGAAUUUCUUG